AUGAGCGUUCCUUUGCAAUUCAUCGAUAUCAACGGCGCUACGUUGGCGUAUCGUAUCGUAGGUCCGAAGGAAGCCCCAUUGAUCAUCACUCUUCAUGGUGGUAGAGGUCUGGGAACCCACGAGAGCGACUUCAACGCAUAUCGUUCCUUGGGCGAUUGUUAUAGGGUUUUGUCGUUUGACCAGCGUGGGCAUGGACAGUCGUCUUUGACUAAACCGUUUACGUUUCGUCAGUUGGUCGAUGAUAUUCAGUCUCUCCGUCAGGCCUUCGUGGGGGACGGCAAGGUCAUAAUCAUCGGAGGUAGUUUCGGGGGAUUCAUUGCCCAGGAAUACGUGACGACUUAUGGGGAUUGGGUAUCGCAUCUGGUUCUUCGAGGGACCGCACCAUCGCAUCAUCAUGAGGCGGAAGCGAUAGAGAAUUGGAAGAAACGCCUGCACCUUAUUCCUCUUGCUUCCGUUGGCAUGCUCAACACGGUCUUCACCCAGUUUAUCGACGAUAACGAGAUGCGUGUGAUAUUCUUCUUACUCAAUCGUUUGUAUGUCGAUGAGAAUUAUGAUCCGGAUGUUGCUUUGGAGAAGAACAGACGAACGAUCUACAGGGCGGAAACGCAUAAUGAUCUCUAUUCCGAGCAAGAGAAGUAUUUCGAUUUCCGUGAUAAAUUAGGGGAAGUCAAGGCGAAGACUUUGAUUGUGGUUGGUGCGAAUGACUGGGUUUGCCCUCCGAGUCAAUCUAAACUUAUCCACUCCCUCAUCCCAGGUUCCAUCCUGCACAUUGUACCAGACGCCAAUCACGCCGUUCAUCACGAAAAGAACGAGUUUGUCAUUGGAGAGAUCAGGAAGCUGUUGAUCGAAAGUUAA